CAGACUUGUCUGCGUCCUCUGGGUGGACUUCAGUAAGUUGUGAGUCUUAUCGCCUGCUGGAUCGAGCUUUUUUCUGGGAAUUUUUCGACGUACAAGACAGGCCCGCCAUGGUGGAGAUCACAACGUUAUAUCCUGGCAUACUUUCUGCUCACGGGACAGAUGAACAUUUACUUCCAACGAAUCAACUUCAGCAUUGCCAUCGUCUGCAUGGUGAACCACACAGCUGUUGGUUCGCCCGGACGCUUUGGGACCUCGACCAACCAAUCGUUGCAGGCACUCCAGUCAUAUGACUCGUAUUCCUCCAAUCAGGACACGAGAUUCAAUCAGCAACUGCUUUUUGCGCUGGAUAACUCUUCUUCAAUUGCUUCGUCCCAAAAUUAUUCCACAUACAGUUUACUUUUGUCUAAGAAUACGACAUAUAGAGGCUAUGAUGGACAGUUAUUAAACAAGAGUGGAACUUUACGUCCUGGAGACAAACCUUUGGACUCUUUACUGGGCUUUGGUAAGGGCGGGGGUCAAAAAGUGAGUGGACGUGCUGAUUCUAGUAACAGUCGUUUGGGACAGGAUGCGAGUGAACUCCCAGAGGAAGGAGCGGAGCCAGAGGACAGAUGCUCCAGCCUACGGGCUGAUUCCACCGACGAGGAAAAAGAGGAUGGACCACUCGAAUGGGACAAACAGACUCAAGGCCUGCUUCUCGGGGCCGUGUAUUGGACAUACCUGGCUCUGACCAUACCUGGCACUCACCUGGUGGCUCCACUGAAGAAAAAGCACGUGAUCAUCGCCGCCAUGGCUGUGACGUCAGGAGUGAGUUUCCUCUUCCAUGGGGCGGCCCUGCUGAGUCCGUGGGCUGUCUUUGUCCUCAAGCUGGUUCAAGGCGGAUGUACGGCCCUGCUGAUCCUCUCCAUGUACGCCAUGUGGGUUCCCUGGGCCCCGCCCACAGAGAGGGCGGGGCUCCUCAGUCUGUCCAUCUCUGGCCAGACAGCGGCCAAUGUGCUGGUGUUUCCUAUUUCCGCCUUCCUCUGCAAGUAUGGCUUGUUUGGCGGGUGGCCCUCCGUCUUCUAUGUCUUCGGACUGGUUGGCUUUGUCUGGCUUAUCCUGUUUGCCAUCUUCACUGCUGAGACUCCGGCUACCCACAAGUUUAUCACGGAGAAAGAGAAAGUCUACAUCACUUCAUCCCUCCCUGUUGUCACGAAGGAAGAUGUAACGUGUGUCCAGCGGUUCUGCUGUCGGUUCUGAGUCUUCUCGAUUGUUCUCAGCCCGUGCUGGCUGUUGGUUUACUGACUGCAGCUGUUGGCACCUCGGGUUUCACCCUCACCUCCAUCAUGGUGUGCCCCUUCGACAUCGCCCCCCGUUUCGCCACGCCCCUGAUGUCCAUCAGCAACUGCCUGGCCACCAUCCCGGGCAUACUCACGCCCUACGUGGUCUCCGCCAUCACCGUCGAUCAAACUCGCGAGCAGUGGCAGAUCGUGUUUUUCGUGACCUCGGGGAUUUUGAUCCUCGGGGCUGUAGCCUUUUGCGUGAUGGGGAAAGCUGUGGUACAGCCGUGGGCGGACGGCAAGAGAAACGAGCUGACCAUCGGAGUGGACGCACCAGUGGACACUGUGGACGAGAACGAUCCCAUUGAUGAAAGGGAGAAAGAGAACGGGGUCGAUACAGUUAAGGAAAUAGUGGAUGUUUGAGGAUUGGAGAAAAUAGUGAAUUGUUAUAUUUGGU